AUGGCUACAAGGGAUCCUAUUACCUGUCACGUUUUGGAUACGGUCAAGGGUCGUCCAGCUAAAGGGAUCCCCUGUCAAUUGUUUAAGCUGGAUGAUAGAACACUUGAGUUCAAAUCAGUUUCAACGGCAGUUACUGAUAGUGAUGGAAGAAUUGCGAAAUGGGGUACACCGUUAGCUGAGAUCACUGCGUCUACUGGGCGAGUUGUUGGAGGUUGUUAUAAGAUCCGGUUUGAUACUUUAGCAUACUUAACAGCCAGUACAGCUCAUAGUGGAUCCACUAAGAACGCAUUUUUUCCAUUUGUUGAAAUCGUCUUUUUGGUAGACAACCCUGCCGAUGGCCAUUAUCAUAUUCCUCUACUACUUAGUAAUUACUCAUAUUCUACUUAUCGUGGAAGCUGA